UGCCCGUCGAGUCCCGCUGGUUCGGUCGACACCGACACCUCAUAUUCAGAUCAACAAUCCAGAACCGUUCGAAGACGUCCCGCACAGUCUACAUCGACGGAGAUGCUCCUCACGCCCCUUGUUCUCCUCGUCAUCCUGUGUUUCGGGGCGGUCAUCGAUCCCCCGCGAAUCAUAAUCUUCAAGACCAGUCGCCACAUCCCAGCCCUUCAACGCGACGUACGCAGGCUAUUCGAGAUAGCCGAGAGGUGUGUGGUAUUUUUGUACCGCGCUCUCUCGGGCGAAGGUUUGAAUUCAGAGUCUCGCAGCCGUGCUCUCCAUACGACCGCCCUCCUCCCCUCCAAAGAGGUCGUAUCUGUGGUCUGCCUAAGGGAGACUAGUGCUCUCCCAACUCUUCCCGAGCCAACGGAAACGGCCUUGGUCGCAGACGAUCUCGAAUGUCACUGUCAGAUGACGGACCCCGAGCCUCCCGCUGGCGUUCAAUAUGUACUGGGGUUCCUGGACAGAAUUGUACAUGAUAGGACGCUCAUGUUUAUCAUGACCGUACUCUUUGUGUCGUAUUUAUGGCGAUGGUCGACUGGGAGCCUCAAAUCGCGUCUACGCAGGCUUGUGCUGCGUCAACAGCGAUAGGCUGUUGAAACUUGUAGGGACAUUGUUAUCAUUGUCGUGACGGACAGCCAU